UUCCUGCAGCUGUAAAAAAAUGUCUCUGAAGACAGUGGGCACAGCAUUGACCCGCACACUGUGGACAGUAGGGAACCAGACUCCUCCAAUUGUUCGAUCCCCCAAAACGAACAGACUUUCUUCAACUUGCAGUAAGUUUGGAGGAGGAAAGCAUGGCCACGGAAACGGUUGCAGCGGGAGCUCGGACAGGCCUCCGGGUUGCGACGUGACCUCAUGCAGCGAGGCUCCUCACAGAUGCGGGACAGGGGAGAUGAAGAGACCGAAGGAGCCCGUGGGUGCUCCGGGUGUCUCUGGUGUAAAAAGGCGGUCAUACACCUCCAACGCAGCUCCAGUGGACCAGAGGUCUUACCUGUGGGCUCGGUACAAUGACAUGAGACGGGUUGUUCACGAUCUGAUCCCACCAGGUGCGUGCCACCUCCUCAACUCCUCCACCAUCUACGCCAACAAUGAGGUCAGCCUGGCGGAGGUGGACAUCUACGGCUUUGACUAUGACUACACACUGGCUCUGUACUCAAACGCCCUCAACACAGCGAUCUACAACACAGCGAAAGGCUUCCUAAUUGACCACUUUAAGUACCCUGAAGGCAUCGGCAAAUAUGAUUACAUUCCCAAUUUUGCUGCUCGGGGUCUUCACUAUGACAUUGAAAAGGGGCUUUUAAUGAAGAUAGAUGCCUUCCACUACAUCCAGACAGGAACAGUGUAUCGGGGACUGAGCCCGAUGCCGGAUGAGGAUGUCCGGCGACUUUAUGGGGGGACCUACCAUGUACCGCUUCCGCAAGAUAGUGGCUUCUAUGGCAAGGGGCCGAGGGUAAAGCAGUUCAUGGACAUCUUCUCCAUCCCCGAGAUGACUCUGUUGGCUGCAGCGAAUGAUUAUUUCGUCACAAACGACAUCGAAUACGAUGCAGUCAACCUCUUCAAAGACGUCUCGGAAGCUAUUGGCAUGGUUCACCUUAAAGGCUACAUGUACAAAUGGAUCAUGGAAGAUCUCAAUAAGUUUAUUCUGAGAGGAGAAGAGACCGAUGCUGUUUUGCACCGGCUGGUCAGCAAUGGAAAGAAGCUCUUCCUCAUCACUAACAGUCCCUUCAGCUUUGUAGAUAAAGGCAUGACGCACAUGGUGGGGAAAAACUGGAGAGACUUCUUUGAUGUUGUCAUUGUGCAGGCGGACAAACCUCACUUCUUCACUGAUUGUAUCAAACCUUUCAGACGGUUGGAUUGUAAUGGGGACCUGCGGUGGGAGAAGAUAACCAGUUUGGACAAAGGACAGAUCUACAAACAGGGAAACUUGUUUGACUUUCUCAGACUGACAGGCUGGCGAGGCUCAAAGGUUCUUUAUUUUGGAGACCAUCUUUACAGUGACUUAGCAGACCUGAUGCUGCGACACGGCUGGAGAACGGCAGCCAUCGUACCUGAGCUAGAGCACGAAACCAAAGUGGUGAGCACAGACCAGUACGCUCUCAACCUCACCUGGCUGCAGGCUUUAACCGGCCUGAUGGAGCGCAUGCAGAUCCAUCGGGACGAAGAGUCUAAAGAGGUUUUCCAGGAAUGGCAGAAAGAGAGAGAAGAACUCAAGGUGAUGAUAAAGAACUUGUUCAACCCUCAGUUUGGUAGCAUCUUCAGAACAUCUCACAACCCCACCUACUUCUCCAGACGUCUGUCUCGUUUCUCCGACGUCUACAUGGCCUCUCUCAGCUGUCUUUUGAAUUAUGACCUCUCGUACACUUUCUACCCACGUCGCACCCCCCUGCAGCACGAGGCUCCUCUGUGGAUGGACCAGCUCUGCACCGGCUGCUUGAAGACGCCUUUCCUGGAGGAGAUGUCUCACAUACGAUGAGAGCUGGGCUCUCCUCUGUGACUGAUGUGACUGUGAUUUUAUAAUUCAGUCUUUUUGAACACUUGAGAUGGCCUGAGGAUGUAAAGCAGGGUUCUUUUUUUUUUUUUAGCCAGGAAGGUGCCACACGACUUCUCGCAAAGCAUUCCUGUAACAAAUGAAGACCCACUUUCCCCCUGAAUCCACUAGAGGGAGCUGUAGAUUUAGCUGGCAAGAACGCACACCUCGCCCUUUGGUUACAGCCUGAAUCAAAGUGAUAUGAAAAGGCUGAGCAAUAUUGAGCUGUCCACGCACAAAUACAACAAAUUCAUGAGACAAGCUGAUAUUAUGAGUUGACCUCUUAUUUUAAUGGCUUUGUUGGCAUGGAAGUUUAAAAACCAAUAAGUCAAAGCAUCAGUAUCAUGUGUUAACAAUGUUCAAGAAACCAAAUAUUUUCAACACCACAACUAUCAGAAAGUUGUAAAAAAUGUCAACAAUAAAAAAAUAAGUAUGUAGCAGCAGGUAAA